GAGGCAGGCAGAGACUGGAGUCUGGAGGAUGUAUAUAUGCUGCCCACGCCUUUGGCCGCGAGUGGACAAGUAGACGGUGACCUGGCAGGUUUUGUGGUGUGGUGUGGGGAAGGUGGCUUGGCACAUCUGUGGGUGAAGGAGGAUGAUCCUCCGCUUUAUGCUCGUUUAGGCAGAUGGACAGAGAGCGCCGGAGACUACUCUUUUCCACGUCGCCCCUUAUUCCCACGGUUGCAGCCGGAUAUGGAUUUGAAUCUUCCUCCUGAAGGUUUUGAUGAGGAAGAAGGCGAAGUUUGGAUGCAUGCAAACCAGGUUACCAUGGCAGGUACUUGUACUGCACAACCCAGUGAACCAAUUAUGCAUGAAGUUCAGUUCAACAUGAAAGGCUAUGCUACUGCUACUGCUACUGAUAACGCACAACCCAGUGGACCAAUUUUGCAUGAAGUUGAGUUGAACAUGAAAGCUGUUGCUACUGCACAACCAAGUGAUGCAAGUUUGCAUGAAGUUGAGAAAAACAUUGCAACUGCUGCUACUGCACAUCCAAGUGGACCAAGUUUGGAUGCAGAUGGUCCAUCCCACAGAACCUACUUCAAAGACCACUUCUUCCCGUUCCUCCAAACAACUGCCCGCAUCGAAGGCUUCAAUGUUGUUCUUAAAAAGUACGUGAAUCCUCACAAUAGCAUCUUCCAGUUCUUUCUUCAGUACAAGAAACUACAGGAAAGUAUCGAGGUAGCAGAAGAUGAACAAGAAUUUGAAGGAGAGGACAAGAUUCUAAGGCCUUGGUCAGAUUAUCCAAUGGAGGAACAAGCUUUGGCUGUGUACACUAGACCCAUUUACUUGUGA